AAUCGUGCUCCGUCAAGCAGUGUGGCACUUAUGGCCGUUGCGUCUAUCUGUCUAACGGCGAGCCGUAUUGUGACUGCAUGGAUGGCUACGAGCAGGAGUUGGUAACCGGCUCGUGCAUUGGAGAAGGCCAGUGCAAGGAGUGCCUUCAGGGUACCUUUGGCAUCUAUAAUAUGUCGUACCCUUACUGCGCAACGGGCUUCACCCAGCACUCUGGUGCUUGCCUGCCAGGAGUCGUUCCGGACGUGGCUGACGUGGCCAUCAGCAUCUACAGCGCUCUGAACUUGGGCGGAAAGAAUCCUCCCUACGUCUUCCGCCUCAAGCCCAGCAAGUGUGUCAACAUUCCGAUUGGCGUGCUCACGAGCAGCAAGUCGGUGGGCAUGCUGUUCCGUGCGCCGGGGUCGAACCUGAGGUGCACGUCCAUCAUCAUCUACGAUGCGGUCAACUGCGGUGGUAACCAAAUCAGCUCCGACGUGCCUCCUGGCAAUGACGUUUCUGCCGUUCCCAUUCU